AUGGCGGCAGAAUUAGGUAAGCCACAGAGCCAGAGCAAAUAUAUACAGGACGAGCCAGACGCCACCAGACGACUGGGUGGCAGCCUGCAGGCCGCUCAGGCCGCUCACUCCUUCAGCAGCGGCGUGUCUGGCUCUGGCUUCUGUGGAGCGUCCUUGGCGUGGUGGCCGAUCAGAUCGCGCAGUUUUUCGGGGAUAUCUUCAAACGCAAGGUCAUCGGGCGUCACAGUGACACUCUCGCCUUUCAAUGCCAGGAUGUCCUGGAUGUUUAUGCGGUGGUCAGAAAAAAUCUGGAGCUUGUUUGGAUAUUAUAUGGGACGACCUCUCAUGACACUUUUUGCAGGUGAAGGCCAGCAUCAGCAUUGGUUUGUCCAUCCUGACUGUCGACGAUUGCAGACGCACUGCAAAGGCGUUGGCUGGUCUGAUAGCCAGGCGUGCACAUGGUAUUCUGCAAAUGAGAGGAGUCUGUGUCCUCAGAAUUCUGGCUCCCAGGGCUGCCGUUCUCGCUAG